UCAGAAAUGCUCUUUGAAUAAAAAAAUCUCUGUUUUCUUCUUCUCUUCUCUUCUUGUCCACUGAAACGCGUUUGGAGAGAGGAGAAGGGUCAAAACUCAACAGGGAUCAGAAAAUCUCUCAAAUCAUUUUGGCUUUGGGAAACUGAAGGAAGAAGAAUAAUGGGUUUCAUCGGAGAAACUGUAGAUUCCAUCAAAGCUAUCAAGAUCCGUCAGCUUCUUACUCAGGCUAUCACUCUCGGUAUGAUUAUUACCUCUGCAUUAAUAAUUUGGAAGGCAUUGAUAUGUGUCACUGGCAGUGAAUCACCUGUGGUUGUUGUUCUCUCAGAAAGCAUGGAACCUGGCUUUCAGAGAGGGGAUAUAUUGUUCUUGCGGAUGACCAAAGAGCCUAUUCGAGCAGGCGAGAUUGUUGUUUUUAGUGUUGAUGGUCGUAAAAUUCCCAUUGUUCAUCGAGCCAUCAAAGUUCAUGAGAGAGGAGAUACUAAAGAAGUUGAUGUUCUGACAAAAGGUGACAACAAUAAAAUAGAUGACAUCGUUCUCUAUGCUGAAGGACAACUUUGGCUUCAUAGGCACCAUAUCAUGGGCAGAGCUGUUGGGUUCUUGCCUUAUGUUGGAUGGGUGACUAUUAUCAUGACUGAGAAGCCUAUCAUCAAGUAUAUACUCAUUGGUGCAUUGGGUUUGCUCGUUAUCACGUCCAAAGACUGAGACUACAAAAAAGGCUGGCCGUUGUUAAAGAAGUAGCUUCUGCAACACGCAUUAACCAAUCUUUGUAGCCAUCAUCUUUUCGUGACUUUUAAACUGUACAAUCAUAUAAGCCACUCUAAAUAUAAAUAUAGACAGUUUUGCUUUUACUCUUUUAAUCAGCAGUGGCAAUUUCUUAAA